GGCAGCAUGAGGAGUGAAUGGCUCUGAGUAUCCGCGGUGGAAACCGACCGAGACACUGGCCUGGGAACUGAUAAACAAACACAACAAAUAACGCGCGGUGUCAAAAGCUGUCCACGGACGCCGUGUCAGCGGUACGAGAAGCCAAAGAAGACUCCGAAUUGUUUGUUUUGUUGUUGUUGUUUUUUACCCUCCUUAUCUUUUUUUUUUUGGUGGUUGUUUAUUUCUUGUGCGUAAGACAAACAUGGGGAUAUCUUGGAUGGACAUGUGAGUCACGGGAGUUACCAAGACAAGCAGCCCUUUUCGAAGAUGAAGUUCCUCGCUUGCCUCCUCUUCACUUUGCUGGGGCUCCGAUCGAGUGCAGCACAGUCAGUUUGUCCCGGCACGGCGAACAAGCUGAGCACCCUGUCCGACCUGGAUCAGCAGUACCGCACCCUGAAGAAGCUCUACGAGAACUGCGAGGUCGUCAUGGGCAACCUGGAGAUCACCAGCAUCGAUCGCAACCGCAACCUCUCCUUCCUCAAGUCGAUCAGAGAAGUGACCGGCUACGUGUUGGUGGCUCUCAACCAGUUCGACUACCUGCCGCUGGAGAACCUGCGGAUCGUCCGGGGAACCAAGCUGUACGAGGGGCGCUACUCGCUGGCCAUCUUCCUCAACUACAGGCGGGACGGGUACUACGGCCUGAGGCAGCUGGGCCUGCGCAACCUCACAGAGAUACUGAAUGGGGGUGUUUACGUCGACCAGAACAAAUUCCUGUGCCACGCGGACACCAUCCACUGGCGUGACAUUAUCAAGAACCCCCAGGCCGAGCUGCUGGUGGUGCCGUCCAACAACAGCAACCUCGGGUGCAGACGCUGUCAUCGGUCAUGUAACGGACGCUGCUGGGGCCAUCAGGAAGACCAGUGUCAAACCUUGACGAAGACGGUGUGUGCGGAGCAGUGUGACGGUCGAUGCUUCGGGCCUUACGUCAGCGACUGCUGCCAUCGGGAGUGUGCCGGCGGCUGCUCGGGCCCCAAGGACACGGACUGCUUCGCCUGCACCAAUUUCAACGACAGCGGAGCGUGCGUGACCCAGUGCCCUCAGCCGUUCGUGUACAACCCCACGUCUUUCCAGCUGGAGCACAACCCCAGAGCCAAGUACACCUAUGGAGCCUUCUGUGUCAAGAAAUGCCCACAUAAUUUCGUGGUGGACCACAGCUCGUGUGUCCGAGCGUGUCCCAGCAACAAGAUGGAGGUGGAGGAGAACCGCAUCAAAAUGUGCAUCCCCUGCACCGACAUCUGCCCGAAAGUGUGCGACGGCAUCGGGACGGGCAGCCUGCAGGCGGCUCAGACCGUGGACGCCAGCAAUAUCGAUAAGUUUGUCAACUGCACCAAAAUCAACGGCAACCUCAUCUUCCUCAUUACGGGCAUCAAAGGGGACAUGUACCACGGGAUUGGACCUCUGGACCCUGAACUCCUCAACGUGUACCGCACCGUGAAAGAGAUCACAGGGUUCCUCAACAUCCAGUCUUGGCCGGAGAACAUGACAGAUCUGAGUGUUUUUUCGAGCCUGUCGACCAUUGGAGGAAGAUCUCUCUACAGCGGAAGCGGCAUUUCGCUGUUGAUACUGAAGCAGCGCUGGAUCUCGUCGCUCCAGUUCCAGUCGCUGGACGAGAUCAGCGCGGGAAACGUCUACAUCUUCAACAACAGCCGCCUGUGCUUCUACAACACCGUCAACUGGACGUCGCUCUUCAGGACCCCGAGCCAGAAAGUCCUCAUCCGCAACAACCGGGAUCCCAAAGAAUGCACUCAGCAGCAAAUGGUGUGCGAUGAGAUGUGCUCCGACGGCGGGUGCUGGGGCCCGGGGCCCGACCAGUGUCUUUCCUGCCGAUAUUUCCGACGAGGUCGUGCCUGCGUGGAGUCCUGCGGCCUUUUCGACGGAGAAAUGCGGGAGUUUGCCAAUGGAUCUGUGUGCCUGGAGUGUGAUAGCCAGUGUGAGAAGAUGGAUGGGAACACCAUGUCAUGCUUUGGCCAGGGCCCGGACCAAUGUGUAAAAUGUUUCCACUUCAAAGACGGACCCAACUGUGUGGAGAAAUGCCCCGAUGGCCUGCAGGGGGCCAACAGUUUCAUCUUCAAGUACGCCAAGGCCAACAACGAGUGUCAUCCCUGCCAUGCGAACUGCACCCAGGAGUGCGUCGGGCCAAGACUCCAAGAUUGCGUCGGGAUGAUGGACAGGACGCCGCUCAUAGCAGCCGGCAUUAUCGGAGGCCUCUUCAUCAUCGUCAUCCUGGCGCUCAGCGUGGCCGUUUCGGUCCGCCGCAAGAGCAUCAAGAAGAAGAGGGCCCUGCGGCGCUUCCUGGAGACGGAGCUGGUGGAGCCCCUGACCCCGAGCGGGACGGCCCCCAACCAGGCUCAGCUGCGGAUCCUCAAGGAGACGGAGCUGAAGAGGGUCAAGAUUCUGGGUUCCGGAGCUUUUGGAACCGUCUACAAGGGCAUCUGGGUCCCGGAAGGUGAGACGGUGAAGAUCCCCGUGGCCAUCAAGAUCCUCAACGAGACCACGGGCCCCAAAGCCAACGUGGAGUUCAUGGACGAGGCCCUGAUCAUGACCAGCAUGGAGCACCCCCACCUGGUGCGUCUGCUGGGCGUCUGCCUGAGCCCCACCAUCCAGCUGGUGACGCAGCUCAUGCCCCACGGCUGCCUCCUGGACUACGUGCACGAGCACAAGGACAACAUUGGGUCGCAGCUGCUGCUCAACUGGUGUGUCCAGAUCGCCAAGGGGAUGAUGUACCUGGAGGAGAGGAGGCUGGUCCACCGGGACCUGGCGGCCCGCAACGUGCUGGUGAAGUCGCCCAAUCACAUCAAGAUCACCGACUUCGGCCUGGCGAGGCUGCUGGACGCCGACGAGAAGGAGUACAACGCAGACGGGGGCAAGGUUGGUAUGCCCAUUAAAUGGAUGGCUCUGGAAUGCAUCCACUACCGGAAGUUCACCCAUCAGAGUGACGUGUGGAGUUACGGAGUGACCAUCUGGGAGUUGAUGACAUUCGGAGGCAAACCGUACGACGGCAUCCCCACGCGAGAAAUCCCAGACGUCCUGGAGAAAGGGGAGCGUCUGCCCCAGCCACCCAUUUGCACCAUCGACGUCUACAUGGUCAUGGUCAAAUGCUGGAUGAUUGAUGCAGACAGCCGGCCGAAGUUCAAGGAGCUGGCUGCUGAGUUCUGCAGAAUGGCCCGGGACCCCCAGCGGUACCUGGUCAUACAGGGAGACGACCGCAUGAAGCUUCCCAGCCCGAAUGACAGCAAGUUCUUCCAGAGCCUUCUGGACGAGGAGGACCUGAAUGACUUGAUGGACGCAGACGAGUACCUGGUGCCUCGGGGGUUCAACGCCGCCCCUCCGUCAUACACCACCAGGCCUCGCGUCGACUCCAACCGAAAUCAGUUCGGCUACCGAGACGGCGGUCCCGGCCCCGCGGAGGCCUCUGCGGCGGGCGCCCAAGCCUGCGUGAACCCGGAGGCCGCGGGCGGACCGGGUCCGGCCCUGGAGGACCAGCGCUGUAACGGGAGCCUUCACAAGAAGAGCCAGAGCCAGGCCGGAGGAGAGGACGGCGGGGGCCAGAGGUACAGCGCCGACCCCACCAUCUUCCUGGGGGAGAGGGCGCCCAGAGGAGACACCGACGAGGACGGAUACAUGACGCCCAUGAAGGACAAGACCUCCUCAGAAUAUCUGAAUCCAAUUGAGGAGAACCCGUUCGUCUCACGGCGUAAAAAUGGCGAGAUCCACGCCUUGGAUAACCCGGGCUACCACAGCACACCCAACAGCCAGUCCAAAGGAGAGGACGAGUACAUCAACGAGCCGCUGUACCUCAACACCUUCCACAGCCCCGCCGAGCUGGGCCUGGAGGCCCUGAGGAGGAACGGUCUGCCCCUGCCCACCCACCCCCCUUCAUCCAUCCCGUCUAUAGGGUCCCACCUCCCGCUUACCAUCCAGACCAGCCUGCCCCACUACCCCCUCCCCACUGGCCAGCCCUCUCCAUCUGGCAUGCCUUGUCACCACGGCCCGCCAACCCACACCCUCCACGGCCACCACACCAUCAAUCCAGCCGGCGUCUCCGCCAGCCAGAGCCAAGCGGGAACGACCGGCCAGGCCCAGGUGUGCCAGUCCGGUGCCCUCUCCACUUCGGCCACCCUCGGGCACGGCGGCCUGCCGGCCUACCAGAUCCACGCCAACGCGCACCACGCCGGCAUGCUCAAGCACGGACUGAUGGCGGGCAAAAUCAGCGGGAAGAAGCUGAAGGUGACCUUUGACAAUCCGGAAUACUGGCAGCACAGCUUGCCUCCCAAAUCGUCCAACCCCGCGGCGCCUGAGGGCGCCCAGGGCGCUUCCACCAACGCCAAGCUCUUCUACAAACAGAACGGACACAUACGGCCGGCGGUGGCCGAAAACCCCGAAUACAUGUCCGAGUUUUCCUUGAAGUCGGGCACCGUCUUGCCGCCUCCACCCUACCGGCAGCGGAACACCGUGGUCUAAACCCGUCCGUUUGACCAACGUUCCUCAAUCUGACUCCCGCCUCCUGCAACCCAGACAUCCUCUCCAGUUCCACACAGAGGAGAGCGGCCACAACCAGAGCCCCGCCCCUCCCCCCAUCCCCUCCCAACUCUUUUCCAAGUGACACUCUAGGCCGCAGUGACACACGGAUGGACCGAACCGAGCCGACCCGACUCAGACCCACGCACCUUCACGAUAUCCAGUCCAGUCCUGUCCUGUAGAUAGACGGUGCGCUCCACGUCAGUGAGAACGCGACGGCGGGGGACGACGGCGUCAAACGAGACGGACUCGGCUGGACUCACUGCCGGCCACUGCGGUGUCAGAUUCGUGAGAGGGACUCGAUGUGUCGUCGUGUGUCCAGCAUCGAGGUCUGAGGAUGAGCAAUACGCCUGGAAGAGUUUCUGAAACAAGCAAACAGACCGAGCGAACACGACGUGUCGAGAUAUCUUGUUUUGUGAAUGACCUUGUAGAGGGAGGCCAAACGGCAAAGAUGUCCGAUGCAGGAUGACAGGACUGAAACGGUUGAGACGAGACUUCCAGUCGGAUGAAAGCCGAUCGAUCGUAUUCAAUCUCUUUGCCUCUCGGAUUAUACCAUACGCCAGUGAUGUGGAACUCAUCUCAUCGUCCUGCUGUAACUGUGAUACUGCGAUGGCUAAAACGACAGUGUGCUACAUUUGGAGUUCGACCAUGGACAAGGCGACUGCUGUUUGGUGUUUUUUUUCGCUGACAGCUGUCUGCUUUGGAAGAGCCGAUCGAAGAAGAAAAAACGCUGUUGUCCGAGCCAAAGGGGCUGAGGGAAUAAAACACUGUAAACAUUUUUAUAAACACUGCGUGCGGUGCCGAGAGGAUGGAUUUGUACACCGCGGUUUUCCCAUUCAGAGCACGAAGCUGACUGGGAUGCCGCAAGAGGACAUGGUGAUCAUAGAGACGAGGUGUGAGGCGAGAGAGCAACCAGGUUCUACAGAGAGGGAAAGUUCAUACGAGCCUCCUAAUGAAGACCUCAAGGAAUGAACAAGACAGCACCAGCAGAGCACAGCAAACCCAGACUACUGUGUGUGUGUGUGUGUGUGUGUGUGUCAGUGAAGAGCCUCAACGCGGCUGCUGAUCCGACCUCGAGGUUUUCCACCACGGGACUAUACUGUCGAGUGGAAAACUAUUUUUAAAUGUCUUGAAUCGAACGCACGAAGGCUCUGUUGAUUCACAGAAAGUCGUGGGUUCAUGAUUUGUUCUUCUUUUUAUUUUCAGGAUUUAGUCGUGGUUCAUUGACGGUUUCAUUUUUUCAUGAGUGUUUUGUUGGCGUGGAAGGAGUUCUCCUGAAACGACAGACAUGGACACUGGCGGGCACGGGUGCAUUCUGGGUGAUGUAUUCUUUUUCAUUUUCCAUUCGUUCGUGGCACCCAGGCAUUUCCCGCUCUUUGUACGUGAAUAUAACCCGGCGAUUACUGGGAGAGCCAACGGGUUCUCGUAAAUGCUUCUUUGUUUCUUAAAUUCUCGCGCAGCUGUGAAGAGUUUUACUCUUGAGAUCGCCGACCGAGCGCGGAUUGGCCCUUUGGUCUGAAGAGAAGUGCUUUACCGUCCUCCCUACUGAUGCCUCUGCGGGCAAACUGCCAGUCAAUGCUGCUAAAAGCGCCGCUGUAACCACCAUUAUUUCUGCCGCCGGAGCCGUACCGGAGACCUGUGGGCGGGGAAACGUCACCGCGCUCGCCAAACGAAGAAAGAUGGGGGGGAUUAAAAUGGUUCGCCUCGGAGGGCCUGUUCCAAGAAUCAUAUCUUAGUUCAAUCAAAAUGAAGAAAAUAUUGUUGUUUCUGAACCUUUCGCCUUUAAAAUUAUUUGGAUUAUUUUUAUUUAUUUUUUCCCCAGCCAUAAUCUGUUAUUAAUGUAAUUAUUUAGUCAUUCUGCCGUGGCAGAGCCCAACCCGGGCUGUUUUCCUAUCUAAGAUAUUUAUUUAGUGUAUUCGAAUGUCUGCGAGCGCGCGUGUGUGUGUGUGAGUGUGAAAGUGUUCGUCGGAGUAAGCUGUCGAUGUUCGUCCUCCCUACGGAGCACUUUGAUGAAACUCGCAGGGUAGAAAAAAGAAAAAACAGAUUUCCACCGUUGGUUACUGAAAUGUUCAGCUUGUUUAUUUACGUCUCCCCAAAGGUCAGACGGAGGUCACCGAGAAAACACCUUUCAGGAGCUACUGACUUCAAAAAUGUCCUUGUUUUUAAAAAGCUAUUAUUUGCUUCAAACAGUAUUAAUAAUGCUAUUUUGAUGACAUGUCAUUUGGAGCUCCGAUUGAAUGAACUUGAGGAAGCAUUUAAUAUCAAUAUGAAACAUGUAUCGCUCGUUUGAGCUUGUACUGAGGGACGGAAGCAUCCGGCAAAUCUAAGAUGCAGAAGAAGAAAAAAAGGAAAAGCCUGAUGAUGAGAGCGGCUCACGCCUCGCCGUCUCUCUCUUUGGCCUAAAUUAUACCGCGCACUCAAAAUACGUGCUCGAAUCAGAACUGGGUGAGACGCCCGGCCUCGCACGUUCUCCACAGCACUUCAGAGAACUCGCCGUCAAUUGAAUCUUCUCAAGGGUCCAUCGUCUUGUUUUUUGUCAUCCUGCCCUGGUUCCGGCACUACAAUUUGUUUUCCUUUUCGCAGAAGCAAUCAUUUCGAAUAUCUCAUUUCAAAUGCAUUUCGCCUCGGCAUUAGACUUUUUUUAUUUUUUAUUUUUUUUAUUUGUCUCGCCCGGCAGUUCAAGAGCAUGCCGCCGGAGAACGGUUGCUGCUUUUAUUUCUACUUUCUUACCGCUCGCUCCGAACCACGGUGCGGAGGCUCGUAGCCGUGGACACCAUCGUCAACGGCAACUGAUGGGCCUAAUGUACAGGACAGCAUCACCUUGCAUGGUACCCAACGUGUUUCACUGCCCUCCGUCUCUCUGUCUCAUUGAUGAGAGUUAUAGUCAAUUUUCACUGUGGCAGAAAAAUAACGCAAUUUCUUUCUAUUUUUCUUUCUUUUUACUGUAAUUCAGGAGCACAAAUCUUAUUUCUGGCAUCUUACAUGUGACAUUGUGUGUGUAUUGUACCCUUUAUAGUCUUUUAUUGAGUGAUUUUCCAUUUUCUUAUGAUUUCUUUCCUCGCUCUUGUUGUCGUUUCCUGCACAUUGUUUAACAUCUUCAAAUGCACAAACCAUCGCUUUGGUUUUGAAAUGAUCGCGUCGGUAUAAAUGUACAGAAUAUUUGGGGUUUCCUCCAGAACUUCUCGAACACACUUCAACAACAAAUGUGAAUAGUAUUUUUAUAAAGCACUGAAACGGCCGAACGUGGUGAAUUUGUAUAUAACGAGGUCGAUGCUUUGAGUUUAUAUGGUCUCCUCUCCCCCCGUUGUUUUCUCCCGCUUCUGACGAGUUGUACAAAGAGAGCCGUACAUAUUUGCUUUAUGUAACUGUACCUUUUGACUAAUGGGACUUUGGAUUUAAAAGUGCUUGUUGACCCCCUUCUCAUGUGAAACUUGUGUAAAGCCUCCCCCCCCCCCUUCAAGAGUUGUGUGGCUGUCCUCAUGUAAUGUUUCAGUUAAGUUGAACACUGUAAAAGUGGUGAUGGUGGUGGGUGGGAGGGGGGGUGGGGGGGGUCUCUGUUUCUGUUCCCCAAUACCUGCCAUUGGUGUCAAGUAACAAGACGACAAAUAACUUAUUUUCCUCUUUGUCUCUCCCUCUUCCUAACUCUCAUAAAAGUGCAUAUUUCUACUGGAAACAUUACUGAGCCACAUCUGUCCUCCUCUUCCUCUUCCUCUCUCCUGUACACAGCCGUAGGCCCAAUUUUCAGUUCCUUUCUGAUUGGUUUUGCAUGCUUUUCAGAGGAGACAUAGAAGGCAGUAACUCCUCCCCCCCCCGUGUCCAAGACUAUCUCUCCGAGUUAUUUUAAACCAUACCCAAAGCUUUAUAUCAUAGAAGAAAAAAACGUUCCUCAUGUUUGUUACAUGAAUCUGUCAAAAGUAUAUUUUUAAUUUAAUAUAAAUAAAGAUUGAUCCGUU